AUGCAUUUGCAGCGAGGACUGAAAGUGGCUUUCUGUGUCCGUGGCUAUACACUGGGGAGUCUGUGUGCAGCUUUAAUCAGACCAGGCUACGCCCUGCACGGAGGAGGUGCUUUUAAACCAGCCAGCUGUAAACUCUGGAAAUCAGCUGAGGGCUUCCGUGGAGUGCCUGCCUCCGCUGGACGUUUGGCCUCCUUGUCUUCUGCCUUGGGAGGUUGGUGCUUUCGUCCUGGAAUUCCGCUGCUAAGCCGGGUUUCCUUUCAAAGGCACCUGUGGAUGAAAAAAGGCAACCCAGUGCCUGGAAAGCGUUGUAGUCUGCAAGGAGGAGAAGCCAGCAUGAGUUGCCUAAAGGCUUCCCAUGGGCUGAAUCCGGGGUCCCAGCCCAGGCCGAGGCCCCGCGAGGAAGUUGAGCGGGUGGCUGGGGACACGGGCCGGGGCUCAGGCCUGCUGGAGGACCAGCUCAGUGCAGAUGACUUUGCAGACAUGCACAAGGCCUUCCAGUCCCCAGCACCAAGGAAAACCAUUUGUAUGUCCAGAGAAGAGUUCAUGCAGAGGAUGACAGGGGCUGUUGGUUGGGGCACAGAGGAAGACUACGGGGAGCUCUUUGACAAAGUGGACAUGGCCCAAGAUGGUCUCAUCAACUGGGACAGGUUGGCCUCGUUCAUGCUGCUGGCGCUCUAUGAGCAAGACACCCACGCCAAGGCAGCCAUGGUGCCCCAGUGGAAGGACCUUGCAUUCCUCCCUGUGAGACACACGGACACUAUCCAAAGCGUAGUUUUCCUAAAAAGCUCGAGUCGUUAUCUGACUAUCAGUAAAGACGGCUUAUUAGGAAUCUGGGGAGAGAAUCUGAAGCUGCAAGAAACACGUCCCAUCAUGACAGAUGCCACCAGGCUCAGACACCUGUGGGUGACGAGUCUGGUUUCUCUGGAAAACGUAAACAAGGUAGCGGUGGCUUUUACAAGUAAAGAGAUUUGUUUCUAUGAUCUGCUGUCCAAAGAGGAAUUUCCUUGUCAAUACAAACUCCAAGGCUUGAAAGGAACACCCAUUUGCAUGGAUUAUUGGUAUGAUCCUCUUGAUGCCAAUGAAUCAAUCCUGUCUUUUGGGGAUGUAACUGGAAAGGUUCAAGCAAUUGUCUUCACCGCGGCUUUGAUUUCCCUGUUUGAACGGCCUGCGAGCGCCUGUGAGGAUGAAGACACCACCAUGACCAUUAACUGGACAGAACUGCUCUCUGGAGGUCACAAGUCCUGUCACAUAUUAGAGCACAGACUCCAUCGUGGAGACUGGGUCAGGCAAGUUACUUACAACGUCUCCUUGGAUGCCAUCCUUUCCAGUACCACCAGCCACACAAACACCGUGGCUCUGGCGUGGAGGGAAAAAUCCAAGCAGCAUCUCAAGACGACAGCCUUCAGCAUUACCCAGGGCAUCCACGCUUUUGAUUACCACUCUCAGCUCAAUCUAAUCGCAACUGCUGGCAUUGACAAUAAAGUUUGCCUUUGGAACCCAUAUGUUGUCCCUAAACCAGUUGGCAUCCUGCGGGGUCACUCGGAUGUACUGGCAGUCCAGUUCUUUGCUGAAAGAAAACAACUUUUCAGCUUCUCCAAAGAUAAAGUUUUGCGACUCUGGGAUGUUCACCACCAGCUGUCCAUCCAGAGGAUAGCUUGUGCUUUCCCCAAAAGUCAGGACUUCAGGUGUCUCUUCCACUUCGACGAGGGCCACGGAUGCCUUUUCAUCUCAUUUAACAACCAGCUCGCCCUGCUGGCGAUGAACCGCAAAGCGGGCAGAUGGGUGAGGAGCCACGAGACAGCAGUCACCUGCGUGGCAUACAGCUCGCUCCUCAAGCAGGUAAUCAGCUCAGAUGUGGUGUCCACUGUCACCUUCUGAAUGAUCGACACAGGGCAGAAAAUCAAGCAGUUUACCAGUUGCCACGGCAACGCCGAAAUCAGCCCCCUGGCCCUGGAUGCGGAUGAGACGCGGCUUUUGACGGGCAGCACAGAUGGGACCGUGAAGAUAUGGGACUUCAAUGGAUACUGUCACCACACGCUCUAUGUUGGUCAAGAUGGAGCUGUGGAUAUUUCUCAAAUCCUGGUUCUCCAGAACGCAAUACUGGUCACAGGCUGGGCAAGAGUCAUUUCUGUGUUUCGACCCCAAAACUUCAACCAGUUUUUCGUCCAGCCUGAAGAGUGGAAGGGAGGAGUGCAGCACCGCGAUGACAUCUUGUGUGCUGCGUGCUUGCCCCCGCAGACUCUCGUCACAGGGAGUUAUGAUGGAGAAAUUAUUCUGUGGAGCAGCAGCACCGAGAAGGCUUACCAUGUCCUCCACCCUGAUUAUCAGAGACUGCUAAGAUCAAACUCAGAUGCAGAAUCACAGACACUUCUCAGGGAUGGAAAAAAUGACUCCACCCACCUCAUGGCAGACCAGUCCACCACAGGAGCGCACACCCUGGACAGUGACACGGAGGGCAGCAAUUCUGUUGUGAGGCUUUGCUUCCUCAAAGCAAGAAAAAACACUGCAAUGGCAGGAGGAGCUAACCUGGUGUCAUGUGGAGGGUCUGGUUAUGUCCGAUUCUGGGAUACAUUUAAGAAGCAACUUCUGAGUGAAUCUGUGGCUCACAGGGGAGUCGGACCCAUCAUUAUGUCUACUGAUAAGCUGAAUCGCUACCUCACCACCGGAGACCACCAUGGCUGGCUGAAAAUCUGGAAUACAGAGGAGUACUGUCUUAAUCCCAGUCAGAACCAAGUCACACAGGCCCCAGCUCUGCUGAGAUCGCUCCAGCCUCACGAGGCCCGGGUAAGCUCCCUGGAGAUGUGCCAGCAGGGUGGCCAUACCCUGGUGGUCUCCUGCUCCGCGGACUGCAGCGUUUGCGUGACUGCCGUCUGCCACGCUCCCGUGUGGAUCUUCGGCCAGGCAAAGCAUUGGAAUAUUGAAAACUGUCUUUCUCUUCCUGAAAGAGAUACUAAUUUAAUGGAAAGUGAGACUCAAGAGAAAAUUUCUUUAUCUUCUAAGGAGAAAUCGGGUUUAGACCCAACAGAACGUUCUUUACUUAAGAAAAGCAAAGACAACUCAACAUACGGUGUCAGACCAUCAGAAGAAAUAAAUAUAAGUAUGAAAUAUAAGGAAAGAAAUCCCUCUGAGAAAACACAAAAACUUUACUAUGGAGAAGUUGUAAGGAAAUCAUCCACCACCUUCGGGUCCUUACGCCUCGGAGACCUGGAGGAGCUACCCAGAGUGAACAAACCUGUGUUCCUUCUAGACCCUGAGAAAUACUUCAGCAAAGACUCAGGGCAGGAGCAUUGCCGAAUCCCAGAGCUCCCAGCACUUUCUAAAACCUUGAAAGCUGUAUUCAACGAGAAAAACCUGUUCCCCAAAGAAAUUCUGGAUCAUGAACGAAAAGCUAAGCAAUUAUGUCAAGAAACAAGUCAUGAAGUGAAGAUAAAAAGAAGCAAGAAUAAAUUAUAA